UGACAGCUCAGAGUUUACUGAGCAGGAGGAGUCUCACCGACACCCCGCAGCUUCUCUCCGCUUCUCUCUGUGCAGAAAUCGAACCUGUGACACUCACAGAACUUGAUGUGUGCAGGUCUGUAGCCCCCCUCUCACCCGAGGACCUGACACUGACGCAGACUUUGUCCAAACUGGAUUCUCGGAGCUCCUCGCCAUGCAUGCCCGGCUUUAGGUUCUCCAUGGAGCUGUCGAACCUGUACGAGGUGGCGCCCCGGCCCCUGAUGAGCAGCCUGACCCACGGCCAGCAGCCCUCCUCCGGCUACAGAGACCCGGCAGACCUCGGCGGUGAGAUCGGAGACAGCGAGACGUCCAUCGACCUGAGCGCCUACAUCGACCCGUCGGCCUUCAACGACGACUUCCUUGCGGACCUGUUCCACCACAGCUCCCGGCAGGACAAGCUCAAGAUCAUGAACGGAGAGUACGAGUCGGUGCCGUGCGGCCCGGGGCCCCCGGGGCCUCAGCACCACUACAUGUCCUCCUACAUGGAGUCCAAACUGGAGCCGCUCUACGAGCCGCGCAUCCGCCCGGUGGCCAUCAAGCAGGAGCCCCGGGACGACGAGGACAUGAACGCGGGCAUGCCCCCCACCUACCACCACCCGCACGCGCACUCCCAACAGUACUCCCAGCAUUCCCAGCAUUCCCAGCAGCAGCAGCAGCAGCAGCAGCAGAUGCCGCACCUUCAGUACCAGAUCGCGCACUGCGCGCAGACCACCAUGCACCUCCAGCCGGGACACCCGACCCCCCCGCCGACCCCGGUGCCCAGCCCGCACCAGCACCACCACCACGCGCACCACCACCCGCAGCACGCGCAACAGGGCGGCCUGAAGCUGCUGGAGCAGCAGCGCGGUGGCGGCGGCGGGAAGAGCAAGAAGAACGUAGACAAGAACAGCCCGGAGUACCGGCUGAGGCGCGAGCGCAACAACGUGGCCGUGCGCAAGAGCCGGGACAAGGCCAAGCUGCGGAACAUGGAGACGCAGCAGAAGGUGGUGGAGCUCACCACCGACAACGACAGACUGAGGCGGAGGGUCGAGCACCUGACCCGCGAGCUGGACACGUUACGGGGCAUCUUCAGACAGCUGCCAGACGGAUCCUUCAAACCCAUGGGCAGCUGAGAGACUACUGAGCCGGGCCGGACCGAGACCGGCACUACAGACGGACUGGAGUCAGACUGGAGAUGGACUGGAGUACUGCUGGAUUUAUUCUCUUGAUGUGUGGACGGACAGAGAGCUGUGAGGACACUGAGGCAGCUGAGGUGUUCACUGCAAAAACAUCCAAUCAUUUUGUCUUCAACUCUCAUCAAAAAAAUAUUUUCAGAAAAAAAAAAUUGCAGACAA